AUGGCCACCCGCUCAGUGUUUGCCCUGUUCAAGCCCGGUCUACUGGACACACGUGGCUAUGCAUAUGGUCAAGCGGAACUACUGGACGGAGACGACGCAGCGUCCGUUGAAGAAGCCACAGGUGGGAUCGGAACCUAUGUUGGAGCGUGCGCCUGCGUUGCGCGUGUCCCUCCAUCGGCAGCGCCUUCCUGGAACUACGGAGCUGUUGCCGGCUACAGCUGGGACACGCUGGUUCAUGGCGGGGUACUGCAUAUUUCGUUCGGAGAAGACGUCGAACCGGUUCCCUUCAAGGAACACGAGAUCGAAGCGCUGGAGUACGCGCCAUACGCGUUGCCACCCUGCAACAAUCGACGAAUCAUCGACUUAAUGCCCGCUGAGAUGCGAGCCAUUCACGCGGCAGCUCUCAACCACUUUAAAGGCGUAGGCUGCAGAGCCACAAGACGCUCG